UCGUUUUCGCGGGCUGUGUUCUUCGCAGCAAAAUAUCGUAUCUUGUGAGUUGCAGUCGAAAUGCUUCGGGUUAUAGUGGCUAACCAAAAGCUAUAAGAAGAUAAUUAACAUCAUAAUUUGUUUUUUUAGCAAAAAGAAAUUCUUAGUGCGUCUGUCAAAUUAUUGGGAAACUCCGAAACUCUCCAAAGAUGUCUCUGUGGGUUGACAAGUACCGUCCUACGGAGUCAUCGAAGCUGGAUUAUCACACCAACGAGGCUGCCAGCUUGCGAAACCUUGCAGCUUCGGAUGAUUUUCCUCAUUUGCUGGUGUUCGGUCCUCCGGGUGCUGGAAAGCAGACUCGUAUUACUUGUUUGUUGGCGGACAUUUUUGGUCCCGGAGUGCACCGAAUGCGCUUCCAUACCAUUUCCGUCACAACUCCAUCCAACAAGAAAAUCGAUGUGACCACGGUGGCUAGCGCGUAUCACAUCGAAGUUAAUCCAAGUGAUGCGGGUAUAUAUGAUCGUCUAAUUGUUAUGGAAGCCCUGAAGACGAUAGCGCAGUUUGGGCCGCCUGACGACGGACAGACAAGAAGGCCUUUUAAAGUUGUCGUGCUAAUGGAAGUGGAUCGAUUAACGAAGGAUGCUCAGCAGGCGUUGCGCAGAACUAUGGAAAAGUAUUCGGCCACAUGUCGGUUGAUCUUGUGUUGCAAUUCCAUCAGCAAAGUGAUUCCUGCUAUCCGCAGCCGCUGUCUUAACAUUCGUGUUGCUGCUCCAACUGAAGAUGAGAUUCUGCGCAUAAUCCAGAAAGUGUGCAAGGAAGAAAAGGUCAACAUACCGAACGAGUUGGUCAAAAGAAUUGUGCAGCAGAGUAAUCGAAAUCUCCGGAGGGCUCUUCUGACAACUGAAGCGACCAAAAUAAAACAGUAUCCGUUCCAGUCGGGAGCUGCUCCCGUUUUGCCAGACUGGGAAGUUUAUCUAACGAAAACUGCCGAUUUGAUCGUUAAGAAACAGGAUACUGCUCAGCUAAUGGAAAUUCGUGGCAGAUUGUACGAGCUGCUUGUCCACUGUAUUCCUCCUACGACGAUCCUAUCGGGGUUGGCCAAAGAACUCAUCAAAAAUUGCGAUAACGUAUUAAAAUGCGAAGUCAUCCACCUGGCUGCUGAGUACGAGCACAGGAUGCAACUGGGCCAAAAAGCAGUGUACCAUUUGGAAGCAUUCGUAGCAAAAUUUAUGGCGGUGUACUUGCGAUUCUUGGACGACCAGAUGCAGGUGUAGAAUCAUAAUAAGUUUUUGUUUUCUGAUGAUUUUCUGAGCUCACAGUAUUUUGAUCGAUCGAUCGGUUUGGAGUUUCGAGUUCAUAUUAAGUGUCAUGUCGCACUGUAAACAGCCGUGGCUCACUGUUAGAAUUGCACUUUUAUUCACUUCACACUUGGAUACUGUAUUUUAUGCUUCCGCAUUAUGUGAGCCUGUGUCUUGCGAAUAACAAUAUUAUCUUAUCCAGA